UUGCAGAUGCCCAAGGCGCAGCCAUACUACGCAGAGCGCAUCGAGAUGUACGAGGCGUACCAUCAUCUCAACCACUUUGUCAUCUUUGGCGGCUCCUACAAGUCGGGCACCGUCAGGAUCUUCAAGAAGCUCAUCGCAUGGUGGGCCUCGCGGUCUCAGGGGUGGCGGUGCCUCUUCGUCCGAGAGCAAGCAGCACAACACCCAAAGCAUUCUCGCUGGUGCACACCAUCUCGGCCAUCCACCUCCUCCGGGACCAGGCGCAUCGGGCACAUCGAUGCUAGCCUCUCUCGCCCCGCUCCACCAAGCUGAGGCAUCGACAAAUAUCGCAGACCAGUGCAAGACGAAGCUGCCGCCGUCGCCCUCCCAGGUCGCCGACUUCUUCUCGCAGAUGGCAUGCUACAUCUGGUUCAGCAAUGGCCACCCGCUGUCGUCUAUGCCUGUCACACCGUCAAAGAGCCCCAACACCGCCUAUGUGCCCCUGCAAUCGUCGCCCUUGGCUCCUCGCCAUGGGGCCCACCCUUAUGCUUCUCGACCUCAGCGCACCCACACGAAGCAUACAAGCUACGGUGGUCCUUCGCAUCACCCAUCCUAUGCCGCUUCUAACGAUCUAUCGCGCGCCGUGGAGGAGCACCUGAGGUCUCUGGGCAAGCCUCGCGACCCUACGCUACGUCGUCUGCAGCCUCGCAGUCGUUUUCUGCGCUUCACCCGCGAACUUCUCGCCACUACGCAAGUUUCCAAUUCAGUGAUUCUCUUGGCCUUAAUCUACAUCAUUCGACUCAAGAGUGGUCACCCUGGCCUGCAAGGCCGAGAUGGCAGCGAGUUCCGGCUGGCUGUUUCGUCGUUGAUGUUGGCCAACAAGAUCCUCGAUGACAACACCUAUCUUAACAAGACCUGGGCCGAGAUCUCGGGCCUCCCUCUCAUCGAGCUCGGCAAGGCGGAGCUGGAGUUUUGGCUUGGGCUCAAGAUGAGGCUACACGUCACCACUGACGAGUACCAGGCCGGUCUUCAAGAGCUGGAGACACUGGCUGAGCACCGUAGUCAAGCGGUGCGAGAGCGUGAUGCUUCGAUGAGAAGGGCUGCUCAGCAGCAGCAGGCGAACAUGGCACCAUAUCUCUCCCACCAGCCGUCGAUGUCAUUUCCCGACAUUUUGGCACAGCAACACACCGUUCGUCGCUCGUUGGGCAAUAUACAUGCGCAUCACUUCUCGCCAGCGUCGAUGGGUACGGCUUUCCCAAGCUCUCCCGAGGGCUUGCGCUCAGCCAUUCCCUUUCAUGAGCCUGGAGCUUACCCGUACGCUACGUCGCCUGUGGCAGCCCAGCCCCACUUUCAUCUCCCUCCGCCGAGCCCACUGUCACAGAUCGGUCCUUCGAACGAGUCCUUCGCAAACUUUGCUGGUGCUUCAGACUUUGCGUACUCUACCCCUGCCACGUCGGAGCACAGCAUCAACCAGCUCGACGGUACAUCAGGAUUGGAAAGCACUUGGCAACCGACAGGAAUUGCCUCGGCCCAGCUUCAACCGCUCUCGAUCAGUCAUGAGCCCUGGGGCACGACGCCUCCGAGGACAGCCCACUCUGCCAGCGUGCAAUUCGACGGCUCACGUUCUUCGCAUACAUCAAGCUCCUUCAGUGGACUUAAGCGAGACUUUGAGAGGACAAGCCUGGGAGCAGGAUCGCCGGUCGAGUCAAGCAGGACGAACAAGCGCUUUGCCGCUGAGCCCAGCGCCGCCGAUGAUCUCCAUCACUACCGCAUCUCUUCCUCGCUCUCGCGCCAAUCGCAUUCUCCUACCGACAAUCGGGGUGCCCAUCGCCACUACCGUCAUGGCUCGCGCGAGCGCUUCCAGUCGAUGCAGCAUCACCGCUUGUCGGUCUCGCCUACUGCCUCGAGGCUGUCGAGCGUCUCUUAUCAAGCAUCGCCGUUGACCGCUCUUACUCCCGAUUUUCUGGCUCAGCCCUUGGACACCAUACAGCACCAGCGAAGCGGGCCUUUGCAGUACUACAGCUUGGCUGCUGGACAGCCUUAUGGUGUCAUUGGAAGCUACAUGCCGCCCGAGCUGCCAUACCAAAUGCAGUCAAUGAGCGCAGGCUACCAAUUGGACCGGCCCAUCGCCGGAGCCCGGAGGGCAAGCAACGCUGGUUUCACCGCAGCUGCCAAUGCUGCUGCCAGUGCUGCUGCUGCUGCAACCAACAAUGGCGGCGGCUCGGCGUACAGCUCGAGCUACAACGACAGUCUGCUUUCGAGCGGACGUCUUCAGGUCCCCGAGCGCCCAGCAAUCCACCAACAGCCGAGUGCACCGGCGCAACUAUCUGCCCCACCGCUUGGCAUUGCCAGCGAUGCGAUUAAGACUGAUCGCUACACUGUCGACAACAGGCAAGUGCCAUACAACGGUACCGCUCCCUUUGUCAGCGAUGCGCACGCCUGGCCCCUCACGCACACCUCGUCCAACUUCCUCUAUCCCCACCACUUUGCCCAUUGAACCGUUUCCUCUUUCACAUGUUCCUUUAAAAGCAAGCUUCUCGUCCACCGGCCCAUCUUCACGCAUCCAUCAUCAAGGCGAACAUCAACUACUCACUCAAUCUCAGAUGACUUACCAUGUACUUGUAAUUAGACAUCACCUCACCAAUACAUUUGGCUCUGCACAGUCGCAAGCUCCCCCCACUCUCUCGC